GAAACACGUCACUCUGCUGGGACAAGGUGGAACAGUCGGUGUCGGAUUCCACCAAACCGCGUAAAUGGAGACAUUUCCGUUUGGUCAGGGAGGAAUGGCCAUUAACGGCAAUGACGGCUUCAUUUGCGUGUAGAUUUGAACUCGCUAGUUCAUAUUUUGCAGAAGCCACAAACUCUCUAUCUAAACGUGGUCCAUUUCUACAGCCUUGAAAGACGGGAAACUUGAGAACGCCAGCUUUGAACUUGAAGAAAAUUGAAGACAAGCGCGAAACGCCACGACUGUAACGCAUCAAUGGCCCCAAGUAGUUCUUGUAGGGCAGUGCUGUUUCUUUUCAUGUUUUUAUCACUACUCGAAAGUUUUUCAGGUUCAUUGACAGGUCAGUAUGAUUUUAUGUAUUCUAAAUUCUUGUCGAUGUAGUUAGUGAGCAUUUUAGAAAUGUGCUGAGGGGUUUAUUCACAGCACGGCUUACAGGCACCCUUCAGCCUAACCGCGCUGAAAGAAAAGAUUUUGAAUGAAUUUCCUGACAAGAUGGGGCUUGUGUGUAUUAAACAACACACAGUUUUUUUACUUCAACAGUUGACGUGAUCCAAUUCUUUGCAUUUACUUUUGGGUUUAGAAACAAUGGUUAGAAAAAAGGAUUCGUCUAAUUAAUCUGUAGAUUUGGAAUAUGGAAUUUUUUACACUCUGAUGGCUGUGAUUUCCCAAAAUGUUAGAAUUUCUGUCUAACAUUUUCUUCUUAAUUGUCAUCUUUAUUAGACUCUAACUAAUAAAACUGACCGUCAUUGUCAAUUAUAUCAUGUAGAAUCAGAUAGAAUGUAAGAAUAGAGAUUAGAAAAUUCUAUAUAUCAUACUGCAAGACUAAUCUUAACUUAUGUGUUCAAUCAAGUGUAUCUUUGACUCAAUUAACCGGCGCGUGUAAUGUGCGAUAAAAAAGUGUACAGUCUUUUUAGAAAGCUUGUGGUUUCCAAGAAAGAGAGAAUCAGCCAUUUACAAAAAUGAUACAUGUGUCUUUUCGAUCAAAACAGUUCUGACUUAAAGAUGGAUUUGUUUGGCGGUCAUUUCGUUCUUUACACGACGUGUUACGUUGCGUGAGAUUCUCGAUUGGCAGCCAACCAAUAUCUCCUGGGGCAGUUUUUAGAGGCGUGUAUAUUUAUAAAUUUAAUCGUAUAAAAGAAGUCCAAAGGACAAAAUUAGUCAGCUGACUGAAUAUGAUAUAAAUUAGCCUCCAAAUAGUGAAAGUUAGGAAUUUAUUAAAGGAUGGAAAAUGAAAAAGAAAUCAUUUAACAAAGAAACUGCUUAAAAAUUAUUUAUAGCUUAUAGCCAUCAGCAAACGUCCAAGCAAUAUGUACACGUUUUAUUCCCUGAAUUUUUUGGUUGACUGAAUUUUUUAGUUCGCUAGUUUACUCUGCAAAUACCACAUAUGGGAGUCAGCUCUUUAUAAUUCCCACAAUCAGGUUAAUCUUUCUUUGCUUAAUCCUGUCACUUUCAGAACCAACCCAUAGUCAUGUAAACACAUAGAUAUUGUUUUAAGUUAUUGAAUCUGUGAAUCAAAUCUUAAGUGGUAUUCUUGUGAUGCUUGUUGUUUUCGGUAUUAAUUUUGUCUGAGUGGUAACAGUGGAAGAUGGACAAAUAUUUUGUUGGUACUUUAAUUCUAAAAAGAAAUAUCUCAAAUUUCAUGAGUAAUUUCUAUUGUAUCAUUGAUAGAUGGAUUGAUUGUACUAGGCCAUGGGAAAAACAGGUCAAAAUAUAAUUUUGUGAAAUAUAAUAUCAUUAUAAUCUGAAGUUAUAAAUAUUGUUGUGGCACACCUAAAAACACGUUGAAAACGUGUGGUGUAGAACACACGUGGUGUAGAACCGCUCCUUUGGUUAUUUCAUUAGUUAUCCCGCAUUCCCUCCUUGUAAGCCGUAAAAUUUUGGCCUCUUUCUGUUUAUACUUUCUGGUGGUUCAAGUACUUUGUAAUUUAAUUAUAUCACACAUUAUUUAAUGUUAGAGAUUCAUUGCCAGAAAGGGUGUCUUGUUGACAACUACAUGUGCUGAUGAAAACACAUUUAAUCUGCUUUGAUUGAAUUAAAACCAAGAAAUUCUAAAGACUGAAUCAUUCACUCCUCCUUCCAAGAACAUGGAAAAAAUUCCUUUGUUGUUGUCUAUAAAAAUGGACAAAGAUAUGAUGUCUUAAGAAAGUGUACAUUCUAAGACAGUUGUUUGGAUGGCCAAGUAAGGAUUUUAUCCACUGACUGCAUGUAAGCGGGACUGGGAACCCAAGUUUAAUUUUGUUGGUGAAUGAAUUUUUUUGUCAGAGAUUUAUUUUACAUCUCCAUUAGCCCUGCCUUAGGCGUGGUGGCAUUAUGGACAAAGAGACCGAACCAAAAAUAUGUUUAAAUGGGUUUUAUUUGGCUUUGUGGUCAACCAGCUCCUACCACAACACAAUGAAACUAGUAAAAUUGAUUUGAUUUUAACAUAGUUAUAAGAGGAGACUGGGUAUGAAAAGCAGUAAACAUUAAUUAUAAAAACAACAGUUUAUAUUGGAGGUUCCCUGAAGGUGAACAAUCCUUUGUUUUCUUUUGGCAAAUCGUGACGGAAUAAAUUAAUGCAAUGUUGUUAUUGGUCAAUAUGAUCAAAAUGGUAGGGAAGCUUUUGGACACUGAGCACGUUGAGGUCCUCAAAAACAUAUAACAAAAGAGUCUGACAGGUCACGUUUCAUAACCAUUCCACUUGAUUAACUAUGAUUUUAUGUAAUUUUCCCUAAAUUUAAGUUACGAGAGAAUUUCAAACCUUGUGAAAUGUUGGUUACUCCACUCAAACCAAGUGCCUACUCCUUAGUUUAUUGAAACCGCUGAUAUAGUGAAAGUAAUCCUAAUCAUGCAGUUUCUUAACUACGUGGAGUAAUGACUAGAGUAAAAGGGGGUUUUGCAUUUCUCUGCACUUGUUUUUCCUUCAUGGUUCUGCUGGUAAUUCCUGUUAAUGUUUGACUUUAAUUUGUCAGUCAUUAUUGAAGUUCUCUCAUUCCUGCUGUUUUAUUUGAAGGGUCAGAAACCAAGAAAAUGAAGUUUUCAAUGUUUUUGAAAAUCAACCCUCGAAGUUUUCAGGGGCAUAGCCAGCUUUUCGACUAGUUGUAGGCCUGGCUGACUUUCAUUUCCACACAUCCUGAAAUUGCAUGCAUGACUAGUAUGCACUGACCUCACCAACACUUUGAGCUUUUAAGCUUUUUAGCUCACCCCAACAACGCAUAAUUUAUUACAAGAGGUAGAGUGAUCAAACCAAAAAUUUGUAGGCCGGGACCUACAGGUCUGUGGGCUGGCUACACCCCUGUUUUUCCUUUUUUCAUUGUACACUGGUAUUGUACAUAAAUAGUUAUUAUUUUUACGACCUCAAGGGACUUAAAAAAUUCAAGACCAAAUACAAACUUCCUAUUGAUAGCCAUUUCCAUUAUCAAGAAUGCCUUUUUUCUUCCAUGUAUGGUGCAGUGGACGUGUGUGCUUUCUUAUUUUUUCCUGUAUAAUUCCACAAGUUUCCUUAGGGUGGGUCUCAAGAGAGCUGAUAGAUGAUAUUAGCUUAAGCAGCUUGUAAAAAUACUUCCUUCCUGUUUAAGAUGCAGCACUGUCUUGAUACAAAAGCCUUUUGUUGUGUUGUUAACUUGAUAUGACACCCGGCAUGAAUGUUUAACCUUGUCAAACUAGUCUGAGGAGUCAUGUCAGUUUUCUUAUUCCUCUUCUCCCAUUAUGAACCCAGGGCAGAAUUCAUAACUGAUAUGUGUACAGAUGUGUGUGAAAAAAUUGCGCCAGAGUUUUUCGUGUGCACUAACUUGCUUUAACCAAGGAAUGAACAAUUAUUCUUAUACAAAGGUUAUUAACACUGUGACUGUGAACACGUUUUUAAAAAAUAAAGUAAAUUGAGGUACCACAAAUGUAUGCUAUGUAGCACCUCCUUUUUAAGCAGAAGAAAACUAUCUUUAAUUACUUGCCCUUCUUUUUAAGUCCUACAUCCCCUCCCUUUUUUUACUUUUAAGGUAGUUCCAUUCAAUAAUGUAUUAACCCUUUAAGUCCCAAUAUUGACCAACAGCAAUUUUCUCCUAACAAUAUCCAUACAUUAUCAUGCGAUGAGGUUAUGAGAAUUAAUAAAAUGAUCACCUAAGAGAAAAUACUUUGAUCUUUUAUCAAAUUCUCUUAACUAUUCUUAAAGGAGAUGUAUAGAGAUCAGUUUGGAGAAUUUGUAUGUGGAUAUUGGGGCUUAAAGGGUUAAAUGAGGGUGGUCUUAGAUCCUACAUGUAGCUACCCUCCCUCCCCCCCGUUCACACCCUUCAUGCUUCAAUUAAGAAAGUAAGUGGUAGGAGUGAUUCUCCCCUCAGAGUCUGUGGCUGAAAUCUUACAGUAGUGUGACCAUUCCAACAAAAAACUCUCUGGCAGUGCUGUUUGUUUUUCAGUAUGUUUUAAAAUGAAAUUUGGAUUUUGGCUGGAAUGUUGACUUUGGCAAUUUCAUGGAGUGAGAGGAUUAAGUGUAAAAGUCAAGGGUAGUAUGAAAGCUAAGUGGGAUCUCUUGAGUUGUGGUUUGAGGAGCUGAAGAAGUGGGAGUGGUUAUGGACCAUUUCCUCUGAAACAGUUGUCAUAAAUGGAAACCUCUUAGUAUGACCACCUUAAUUUCAUGUACUAUUAAUAAAAACCAUCUUCGGGUGAAGAAAGAUUCAAAUAUCCCCUCCCCCGGGAGAACGAGAUCAGUCAAAUGCCCUACCCCAGGGACAACAAAGACAGUCAAAUCCCCACCCCAUGCCCUUUCCCCCCGCCGGCAUUACAUUGAUAGGUGCAUUACUAAAAUAAUAGAUAAAAAAUAACAUUUUAUUAUUUUGGCCAAUAAAGUUAAUUUCUCUUUGCAGAUGGCAAAUGUGGAGGAGUAAAACUGACAGGAAAAACUGGUGAGCUUCUCACUCCAAAUUAUCCAAAACCCUACCCAAGUCAUUCUCGGUGCUCCUGGCUUAUUCAAGUACCAGAGGGAUACAAAAUUGUAUUGCAGUUUUUUGACUUUGUGUUAGAAAAUACAUAUGACUGCAGCAGCGAUAAUAUGAAAAUUUAUGAUGGAAGAAACAGCUCAGCGACUCUCCUUGGAAAAUACUGUGAAUUAAUGGAUCCGUUUAAGGUGGAAUCAACUGGGAAAAGAAUGUUAAUUGUGUUUCGAUCAGAUCGCUCAUUGAAUUACAGAGGAUUUAAGGCUACUUACAAUGCUGUUCCAAUUAAAAUUGUGAAGGAAAUGAGUUUUAGAAGAACAUUGAAGAAUUUUACAGUGGUGCCUGGAAAAGAAGUAAAGUUUCUUUGUCAGAUUAAUGAUGGGAGUGGUAAUAUUGAAUUUGUUUGGACUAAAGAUGGCAAAGUUUUAGUUGGCAAUGCACCGGGCUAUUCUAUCAGAUCCAACACUGCUAAUAAAAGAUCCCAUCUGCUGCUGAGGGAAGUGAGCCAAAAUGAUGCUGGAGUGUAUGGGUGUUCAGUGAAUGAUCAUGACAUGGGGAAAAACAUGUCCUCAUAUGGUGUUCUUCAAGUGAAAGGUAAUGCAUUUACUAGUAACCCUUUAAGCCCUAAGAGUGAUCAACAUCAAAUUUCUCCUUGUAAUAUCAAUGCUUUGUAAAACAGAGUGGUCAUGAGAAUUACGGACAUGAUCACACAAGAUGAAUUUGCUUGAUAUUUUAUCAACUUCUCCCCACUACUUCUGUAGGAAAUGAAUUGGGGCAACAAACGAGAAUUCAAAUUUUGAUCUUGGGGUUUAAAGGGUUAAUGAAAAUGCUUUGAUUGUCAGGCUGAUGUCAUUGAGCUCAAGCAACCCACUGGUGGGCAUUAGUUUAUCACAAGGAAUUCAAACUGACCUCAGAAAUAGUCGCCCUUGUUGGUCAGACCCUUAAAUGCUUUUGUGUUUCGGACAAAAUUUGGGUGAAAAUUUUGGUGUGAUUUUGUGCAUUCAGAUAAACAGUGACCUAUACUCUGGCCCUUGCCUUGUCCAUAAUAGGGUGAACCUCUAUGCUACAGCUUAAAAUACAGUUCUCACAGCAUCUAUUUGUAAUUGUUGUCUGGUUGUCGCUUUGACCAAACAUGUAAAAAAUAAACAAAAGUUCCAAAAUUUGCAGACGUAGUAAAUCAAAUCUUCUGUAGAAAGGGUUCGUGUUCUUAUUUCUUCAAUGUGUAGUGCAGAAUGUUGUCCCAUUGGGCUUAGUUAAACUUGUCCAUUCACAAGCCAGUUACAUGUGAGAAUCGAAACUAAUCAUCUUGUGGCUGCCUCCUAGUUCCAGCCGAGGUAACAGAAGGUCCAUCUUCUAUGAUUGUGAACAUAGGUGACCAUGUUGUUUUACAAUGUGGGGUCAUGGGAGACCCUGUUCCAAAAAUAAGGUAAGCUAGUCACAUUCUCUUCUGGGGAAUGGGCAAAAUGGUAUCCAUGGUACCCACAAGUAGGACCCACCUCCCUACUCCCAAGGGGGAGGGGACACUCUAGGGAAGUUUUGGUAGGGUUGUCAGCGUGCAAAGAAUGUAUUUUGUGAUAGCCCGGGGCUAGUGGAUUUUGCUAUCAGGCUAGUGAAUUUUGUUCUUAACUUGCCCAAUGGGCAAGUGAAGAUUUUUGAGGAAUUCAAAUUACAGAAGAACUGUGAAAUCAAUUCUGCUCAUCAAAAUGUUUUUAGGGCCAGUUGAAAUGACUUUUGGGCUAGUAUAUUCUAGCUUCAGCUUGCCCGAAUGGCAACCUUUAGAAAUGACUUUAUUUGCACCCUGGGUUGUUCUGCCAAGGCCUAGAAACCCUGACCUGUUUAUGACAAAAUCUGUUUAUUUCACGAUGAAAAUCUAUUUUAAUACAUGAGACCCUUAUUUGUGACCCUGGUUUAUUCACUUAGCCUUCAGGAUCAGAUAAUUAGUUUUGUUUAUUUAUUAAGAAAAAGUAGUUGCCACACAUGUAAACUGAUCUUACCAGUCCCAAAAGACACCUGUUAAAGAUGCUAUGUGGUGAAAUUGUAUACACUGCUUAAGACUCAACACCCUGCAAACCAUAUCCUGCUGGGCUAAUUCUUUUAUCAUAAUUAUAUUAAUAGUUUAUUCUUGUCAUUAGUUGGCAUGUUAACGGGCAAGACAAGAGCUCUUUGGCCACCAGAACCAAUCUCACUUCAGAACUAAACCUGGAAGUAAUCAAAACUGUAGAUGUCAAUUGCACAGCUGAUAAUGGCUUUGGAGUGGAUUCGAAGAUUGCUACAAUAACUGCUCUAUGUAAGUAAAUUAUUGACACUAUUUUAUGACCUAUCAUCAUUCAUCAGUUAUCAUAGCCACCAUUUUCAUCAUCAGCAUCAGCAGCAGCAUUGAAAUAAAUAUCAGGUCAAAAAGUUUUAACCUAGGCUGAUUCUCAAUUUUAGUUUGUCUCCUAGCCCAAAUUAUUCAUGAAUUGGGGCUAGGAGACAAAGGAAAUGGAAAAUCAAACUAGGUUAAAAAAUUUUAACCUUAAUUUAAUUUUGACCUGUAACAUCUGCACUGUAUAUUAAUAUAUUAAUGUCAUCGCCAUUUAUAAAUUACAAUUUUGGUAAUGUUGAUUUCAAAUAAUAAUUCCCCCACUUAGUAUGAGUAAUUGAUUUUUCUUUGUCUGAAUGCUGAUACAAUAAUGUGACCCCAUUAACUUUUUCCUGCUCCUACUAUUAUUUUCACUGGUAUCAGGGUGCAAAGAAAGUGAGUUUUACAGCCUGCCAUUCGGGCAAGCUGUAGCUAGCAUGUACUAGCCCACAAAUCAUUUCAACUAGCCCCCCAACCCUUUUUGAUUAGCAGGAUUGAUUACAAUUCUUCUGUAAUUUGAAUUUCACCAAAAAACAGCACUUGCCCGUCGGGCAAGUUAAGAACAAAAAUCACUAGCCCGAAAGCUACUUCACUAGCCCCGGGCUAUCGGACACGACUUUCUUUGCAUGCCGGGUAUGCAGCGUUCUAAAAAGAACUACUUGGAAAUAGAUUUCUCAGGGUUUGUACAGGUCAUGGAAAACCUGGAAAGUUAUGGAAUUUAAGAAUUUCAUUUUCCAGGCCUGGAAGGUCAUGGAAUGUAAUAUUGUUAGUCCUUGAAAAUCAUGGAAAAUUAAAGUUUUGUGGGUAGAUUAGCUACUUCUCAGGAUACUUCAGAUGGCAAAGCGGGGAGCAAUUUACAUUAAGAGAAAGAGGAGUAAUUAAGAGAACAGCACACAUUUUUGUAUACACCAGAGUUUAAUGUGUCUGUUGAACUGUUUAAGAUCAAAAAAUAAUCUAAAACAAGGAAAGUUUUAAACAUUUUUGAGACUGACAGCUAAACCUAAGCUCAUGGAAAACUUGGAAAGGUCAUGGAAAAACUCCUGGAAAGUCUUGGAAUUUGAAGAGCUAAAAAGAGUACAAACCCUGUUUCUGUCAAACAAACGGUACAAAGAGUGUUUGCAAAUAGUCUUUUUGAAACAAAUUUUUGUCUAUUUUGAAGUUGUGGCGGUAAAGUGAUAGUAACUCUAUAGCACAUCAAAAUAGGGCUAAUAAGGUUUCUUUAUUCAGUUGUUGCACAUAUUCUAUAAGGUAUUGAAAAUUUUCCUCUGCUUUCUGUGUGUUUUUUCAAGCCCCUCCAACAGAGAACCCAGCAGAACUCCAACUGGCACCCUCUGAGCCAGAAUGGUUCUCACCAGAGAUUGUCACGCCCCCACAGAAUGUGACUGCAGAAUUAGGGGUCAAUGUAACAUUGACGUGUGCAGCAAAGGGACAUCCUAAGCCAACCAUAAGGUAUAUUGAAUUAAAUAGGGAUUUUUUUGGUCUCUGCUUGUAUAGUCACAGAUUCCACUGUGUUCUAUGGUUACAGAACUUUGUGAUCAAGUGUUAGCCCUGAUCCAUUCCAAGCCGGCUUGAGAGAUAGGAAUGGAAAUGAAAAAGGGUCAAUGCUGUCUUUGUCCUAGAUGUAUCUCUAAGUGUAACCCCAGUUAAUCUUAAACAAAUUUAUACAAAUUGAACAAAAUAUCUGACGUUGAGAAAAACUGAGGCCAGAUUGUUAUUUUACAUGUGUUAUAUAUGUUGUGGUUCAAUUUAAUUCUUGGUUUGAAUUUUAUUUCCCUUUGUUUUAAACCCAUUGUCAUACAUUAUCAUACCCCAAAACAAAGGAAAAGAAAAUUUUAACCAGGGAUAAAAUUGAACCACAACAUAUACAUGACUGUAUAAACAAUCAUAAUUAUAUUGACAACAGCAACAGGGUGGUGUGCAUCCCUCCCCAUUUAAUAUUUAUCUCCCCAUUUUUAGGGAUCAGGCUACCAGUAAACUUAAGACUUAUUUGUGUUUGCUGUGUGUUUAAUCAAUAAAAAAUAUUGUUUGAUUAGGUGGUUGGUUGACAAGAGCAAAUACUAUGAAAAUAUGCGAGAAGAUGAGAAUGAAGUGUCCUACUUCACCUUCACGGUGGCCAAAGAUAAGACGAUCGUCCGUUGUGAAGCACAGAAUAAAAAAGAUAUUGAUACCAGAACAGCUUAUGUUACAGCAUCUGCUCAAGGUACAGUACAGACAUGUACCAGUCUCUAUCACUAAUGAGAACAGAAACUGUAGUUCUUAGAUGAGGAGGGGGUCAGUGUGUGAACUCCCUAUCCAAUAAACUACAAAUCAAUCCUCCUGCUGGUGUGUUUGUAAAACCUCAGACUGUAAAGAAGCUUGGGCAAGGCAAUGGGUAGUAAUUUGUCUGAUAUGUUUUUUAGAGAAAUGCUCUCAUUUUUCUUCUCAGGGAAGAUAAUAAAAUUAUCUCAGGGUUUUGGGGUGCUUUGCCAAGUGAGGUUGUUCUGGUGCAGUAAGAAAAUAAUUUUUUGCCCCACCUGCUUUCCCCUUCAGUGAUCUUAAUAUGUUUUAAAAUCUUGCUAUUUUUAACACUAACCCUAAGUAGGAGUUGUAUCCAUUCUAACAAUCCUGGACUUUUGUACUUCUUGAUCAUUUUAUUUUUUCUCACAAACUUUGUGAUUGAUUGCAUGGACACUGUUGCUUUAUGAGGAGAAGGUAGAUGUUGGCCACUCUUAUCGGUUUAAGUGUUAAAUGGCUGAAAUUAUUCAUGUCAGUGCAUUUAUCGUUGUUUUCAGUUGAAGAAGUGAGAGAAGCUGAUCUGUCAGAAGGAUUUUUUGGUGGCCCAACAUUUUUCCUCAUACUGGCAUUUAUAGCUUUCCUUGUAUUAGUGAUUGUGGGUGUCAUGUUUAUCAUCUUCCGUCGCCGCAAUUUGAAACUGCGAAACUUGACAUCACUUGACGAGGAGAAGCUGCAAAGUAAUCCAAUAUUUCAACAGGCCACCAACUAUUAUGUUAACCCAAAGCUAUUGGGCUGGGAAGUACCAAGGUGCCGAAUGGAGUUUAUAAAGGAGCUCGGGCAAGGCAAUGGUUAGUUUUUUACUUGAAAUUUGUUUUCUAGCAAUGUUCUUAUUACACUGAAGGUUGUAACUGGACCGUUAAAUUGUGCGACAUGCUGAAAGAGAAUCUGAGAAUUCUUUGUAAAUGGGUUUGCUCAUGGCCAAUGGGGAAUGUUGAUAUCUCCAUUAUAAUAAUUAUGUUGACUGAUACAUUAGUAACUGCAUCUUAAAACAUUGGUACAUCACAUUAACUAGAAUAACUAGAACAACUAUGCAAAAAUUCUACCAAAGAGGUUUUAUUUGAAUGGUAACACUGAAGGAUUGCAUCCACAGGUAUAAAAGUUAAACUGACAAAAUAAUAAUAAUAUUAAUAAUCCAGCCAUAUUAUUUUGGCAUAGGGGUAAAAGGAUUAAGUUUUUCAUCAAUCUGAUGUUUUCUUUUGCAUUACCAGGAAAAUUUUCCCGUCUCUUCCUUGGUAAAAUUUCUCAAGCUGAUUCUGAUGCACAUGAAAAAAAUUUGUUGGUCAUGGUGAAGCUGCUCAGGGAAGAACGCAUCUCAGAAACCGAAAAAGAGAACUUCGAAAAAGAUGCCAUCGCUUUAACUACAUUUAGCCACCCCUAUGUUCAAAGUUUGUUUGGCGUCUGUGUGGAUCAUCACCCACUAUGCCUUGUGUUUGAGUUUUGUGAGAGUGAUGAGAACUUACACCAGUUUUUAAUUGAGUCUGGGCGGGGCCAAUGCUCUCUUCAUCGUCAAACGGACUUGAGUAAUGCCAGACCAAAGCUCUCAAAUGUCGAUCAGAUCUCAAUUGCCAAGCAAAUAGCAAAUGGUAUGGAAUACCUUGCAGGGAGGGGGUACGUUCAUAGAGAACUCUGUACAAAGAACUGCAUCAUUGCUAAAGGUACGGUUGUCAAGAUUUCCAAUCUUGGAUUUUCCUGGAAGGGGCCAAACAGUGACUACUACUCCUUGGAAAUACAUGAGAGGCCUCUUUAUCCAGUGAGGUGGCUGCCUAUAGAGAGCAUUCACUUUGGAAGAUUUUCCGAAGACAGUGAUAUCUGGUCUUUUGGUGUGGUGCUGUGGGAAAUUUACUCGAGUGGGAUGAUGCCGUAUUACGGUAUGAAUGAUGAAGAAGUGAUUUCCUUGGUUAACGAGGGUGAUAUUCUCCCGUGUCCCAAGGAGUGUCCAAAGGAAAUGUAUGAAGUAAUGCAAGGCUGCUGGAAUAUGGACCCUAUGGAGAGACCCCGAUUUAGCAGCAUUCAUCAGAGGAUAUCGUCUUUGUUUAAUGGGGUGCCAGUUUGAUUCUUCCACUCCCAAAAUCAAGGGCAGAAAUAAUAUUACGUUUCACUUCAGGUUUUUGUCAGUCGCAUCAAGCAAGAGAGGUAGCUGUUGAAGAUGUCUUUGUAUGAAAUAAUGAAGAGUGUUCAGUCGCAAACUUGUCAUUAUUAUUGUAAAGUUAAUCUGAUUUCAGACUCUUCCUUUGAUAGACAAGCAUGUUUACAAGGCUACUUGGAAGGAGAAUCAAGCACUUGAUCAGAAGUCAUCUGUAUUUAUUCCCUUCAUAAGAGAGCAUUUUACUGUGUACUCAAGUGACUUUUGUAAAAUCUGUAGGGUUUUGGCACAUGUCAUGGUUAAUAUUUGGUUAACGAUUGAUUAUUAUAGUGUAGUUAAUAGAGUGAUUAAUAAUAGUUAUUGGUGAUAAAAUUUUGAAAAGAGUUCUGAAAAGAUAUCAUAAUCCUUAGCCAGAGUAGCAGUUCAAAACAAGAGGUAUGUUCAAAAACGAUGGGAAAAAGAACUUGUACCAUACCAAGGUAUGUAAAGAAUGUAGCAUUCAGGGGGAAGUUAACCCUGUAAGUGCCAAUAGUGACCAACAUGAAAUUUCUCCUAACAAUAUUCAUACAAUGUGAAGAGAAAAGGAUAUGAGAAUUAAAAAAAUGAUCAGCACAGAGAAAAUGCUGUGAUCUUUUAUCAAAUUCUCUCAAUUCAUUCUUUAAGGAAAUGUAUAGAGAUCAGUUUGGAUAAUUUGUAACUGGAUAAUUAUUGUGGCUGAAAGGGUUAAAUUGACAAAAUGUAUAUUUAGCUUUAAAAUAUUUAUUGAAGGCCUAGAACCAAAACAUAUGAGUAUUACGUUAGUAUUACUCUGUAAAUCUUUUAGCUUUAAGUUAAAACAAUGAUUAAUUUGCAUUGCGGCUUGGAGAAAAUGCCAAGGAAAAUUGAAAAAUUAGAAAGGAUGGAAACUUUUUUAUCAUCAUUUUUUAUCCUUAUAAAUAUAUUUUUAAAAGUGGAUUUUUUAACCAAAUCAUAAUUUGAACUUAUACAAAGAACCAAAAUACCUAAGCUUUUGGAAAUGAAAAUAAAAAAAUUAGGUUGAUUUUGCCAAAAUAUAUUUUUGUAAAUG